CACGGAACAUCAACAACUCACAUGUGGCCUAGGAACGCGCCGUUGCCGUGCCGCGCGCUAGCAUCAACCGGGUGAUGCGGAGCUGACUUCCAGCCCCCCCAUUUAAAAUAAAUAGCACACCAUCGCGGUCCCGUACGCAGCCACACCGGAGCCACCAUGCCGCCGAAGAAACCCGUCCAGCCCGCGGCCGGUAAAAAGACCCAGGAGAAGAAAAAGGAAAAGAUAAUCGAGGACAAGACAUUUGGCUUGAAGAACAAGAAAGGGGGCAAGCAGCAGAAGUUCAUCAAGAACGUUCAUCAGCAAGUCAAACCGCCUGGAGCCCGACAGGAUGGAGAUAAGAACAGUAAGAAGACUGAGAAGAAGAAGGAGUUGGACGAACUCAACGAGCUCUUUAAACCGGUAGUCGCUGCUCAGAAAGUCGCCAAAGGUGUCGAUCCAAAGUCGGUGCUGUGCGCCUUCUUCAAGCAGGGCCAGUGCACCAAAGGCGACAAGUGCAAGUUCAGCCACGACUUGACGAUGGAGAGGAAAUGUGAGAAGAGGAGCCUCUACGUGGACGAGAGGGACGGGGAGCUGGAGAAAGACACGAUGGACAACUGGGACGAGAAGAAGCUGGAGGAGGUGAUCAACAAAAAACACGGAGAGGCGGAGAAGAAGAAAACCCAAACGCAAAUUGUGUGUAAGCACUUCCUGUACGCCAUCGAGAACAACAAGUACGGCUGGUUCUGGUCCUGUCCGGUGGGCGGCGACGUCUGCAUGUACCGGCACGCCCUGCCGCCCGGCUUCGUGCUGAAGAAGGACAAGAAGAAGGAGGAGAAGGAGGAGGACAAGAUCUCGCUGGAAGAACUGAUAGAAAACGAGCGAGCCGCUCUGGGGGCCAACGUGACUCGGAUCACCCUGGACACUUUCCUGGCGUGGAAGAAGAGGAAAAGGCAGGAGAAGAUCGACAAAGCGAUGGUGGAGAUGGAGAAGAAGAAGGCCGACUUUAAGGCGGGCAAAUCGCUAGUGGUGAGCGGGCGCGAGGUGUUCGAGUUCCGACCGGAUUUGAUCGACGAGGAUGACGAAGAGGCGACGGACACUCAGUACAUCAGCGGGGAGGAAGACGACGAGGACAACGAGGACGAGGAAAAGGCCGACUCCACAGACAUCCAGGACAUAGACCUGUCCCGUUUUGUUCCACAAGAGGUCGACCACACGGGCAUCACCGUGGCGUCCACGGACCGCUUCACCUCGAGGAACAAGACCCGGCCGACAGACAACGAGGAGCAGCUGAACGGAGCGUGCGGUGGCGCCGAGGCCAACGGGCUUUCGGGGGCCGGGGAGGACGACGACGAGGAGGAGGAAGAUGAUGAAGAGGUACCGGUGGACGAGAACCUGUUCACGGGGGAAGAUCUGGACGAGCUCGACGAGGAACUCAACACACUGGCGAUGGAGGACUGAGCGUGAGGGGGAGGAGGGGGAAGGGAGGGGGGAGUUGAACGGACUACGGGACAAAAGGGACCGACUGAUGGAUGCAUGGAGCGAAGCAGCAAGAGACCCAGACGUUUGAAUGAUUUUAAAUUUCAGAGACUCCGGUAAUAAAAGCCUGAUUAUUUCACGACAUCACUGCCAGUCUCUCGACGCCUUCUGUUGUUCUGUAUCGCCCCCCCUCCCUCUCUCAUCUCACCACGUCCUCGGCUUUUUGGCCGGGGGGGGGUUUCCAUAUUUUCCACACCGGGUCGACUCACGGUCGGAUUUCCAUUAAAGAGAAUUCGGCAGCAGCAAGUUCCGUCUGAGAGAGAUUGGUCUUCUUAAUCCUAAUAAAUAUUAAAUAUAGAGAUUUUGCAGAGUGAGACAUUGUAAGGGCCUUUUUAAAAGAAAAAGAAAGCGCUACACUUGGGACUUCAGUAAAUGAAAUAACAUCGUGGGAUGUUUGAGUACUGAAGUCGUCGUACAGCGUAGGACAAAAUGAACAGGAGUGAUUCUGUUGUAAGAAACUGAAUCUGUUCACCUGCUCUUGCAACCAAAAAAAAAAAACCGCUGGAGUUUGAGAAUUGGGGUUUAUGGAUCGUUUCGAUCCAUAUCAAGCUUCUAAAUGUCGGCCCUAUUUCUGAGACCAGGCUGUAAUAAUAGCCAAACGGACCCGUUACAACCCAGAUUUGUAAAUAAUGUUCUCAUGAUGCCUCCUGAAGAAAUAAAAGAUUACUGUACA